AUGGCUCUUCAUCGUAUGCUGGCUCUUUUGAGUCUUUGGCUAGGUCUCACAGCUGCCUUCCAACCCUCUCGCAUUUACAGAAGGACUGUUUCUUCUGAACCACUUCCUCCCAGUCAAGAUCCGUGGUACUCUGCACCCGACAAUGAUUGGGAAAGCACAGAGCCUGGUACCGUUUUGCGCGUGCGACCUGCGCCGGGAAACCUGACCCAAAUCGUCGGCAACAGCUCUGCUGCGUACAACAUCCUCUACCGCACCACAGACAGCCAGUACAAACCUACCUGGGCUGUCACCACUCUAUUCAUCCCCAAGCUGGGAUCAAACAGCACUUCUGCACGCGCAUUCAACCAGAGUGCUCUUCUCUCAUACCAAGUUCCCUAUGAUUCCGCAGAUGUCGACGCCAGCCCCAGUUACUCUUCGUAUACUGCGGAGGGUGCCAGUGGCAAUGUGCUAUUCGACACGGCCUUGAACCUGGGGCUCUUUUUGAACGUGCCUGACUACGAGGGCCCGCUGGCUUCAUUCACCGCCGGUGUCAUCUCAGGACACGCAACUCUUGAUUCAAUCCGUGCUGUACUUUCACUCGGCCUUGGUCUCAACACAACUGCUCCUCGUGUUGCGCUUUGGGGCUACUCAGGUGGCGCGUUGGCAAGUGAGUGGGCAUCGGAACUCGCUGUACAAUAUGCCCCCGAUCUUCAAAAGACCGUCGUUGGAGCCGCAAUCGGUGGAAUCACGCCCAACAUUUCUGCUGUCCUCGAGUCCGUCUCAGGUAAAGACUCCGCGGGCCUGGGCCCCAGUGGAAUCAUCGGUAUCACCAGCCAGUACCCCGAGGUGCGCAAGUACCUCAUCUCUCAGCUCAAGACCGACGGCGCAACCAACAAGACUGGGUUUUUGGCUGCCGAGAAGCUUACUGUGGCCGAGGCUGGUGCUACAUACCAAGGAGUUGACCUCUUUGACUUUUUCAAGCAAGGCUUGGACAUCCUCCGUGACCCUAAGAUUCUGGUUGCUAUCAACCGAGACGGUAUAAUGGGAUACCACGGUGUUCCCCAAUGGCCUAUCUUCGCCUACCAGUCUGUCAAGGACGAGAUCAGCCCCAUUGUGAACACAGAUAAACUGAUUGAGCGAUACUGUGCCGUGGGCGCCAACAUUCUGUACGAGAGGAACUCUGUUGGAUCACAUUCUCAAGAGUUUCUCCUCAGCGCUGGCCCAGCUAUUCAAUGGCUGGCGACUGCACUGACGGGCAAGUAUGCCCAGGUGUAUAAGACUGAGGGUUGCACCAUUAAGAAUGUAACCAGAAACAGUACUGCUAUCCCACUCAGGAAGCGAGAUGGGCCUAAUGGGGUUUUCAAUCUGUGGUCUAAGGUUUAG